UUAAAUAGAAUAUCAAUGCUUUUGUUGACUUAUACCAAAUUAUCCAUUCAUCCAUCCAUUUUCUGUACAGCUUAUCAUGGACAGGGUGGCAGGGAGCCUGGAGACUAUCCCAGGGGACUUGGGGUACAAGAGUUUACCAACAUCAAUGAUGAAGCAGCAUCUGUUCAUACUCCUGUUUUUCACAGGAGUUGUCCCCCUUGUCCAGUCUGUGACCCGUAAGUACUUUUUGGUCCAGCAGGGAAGAAAGUGGACUGAUGCUCAGACUUACUGCCAAGCCACAUACACCGACUUGGCUAUCAUCAAAAGUAAUGAUGACGUGAUCCAACUACAGAAUGAAGUACAGAGUCAGAAAUUCAGUUCCAGUGCUUGGAUUGGAAUGUACAGUAAUAUUUCCAGCUGGCACUGGUCCCUUGGAUAUGAACCAGUGACAAAUAUAUUGGGAAAUUGGGAUGUUGGAGAGCCAAAUAACAAUGGUGGAAAACAAAACUGUGGCGCUGCAACUCCCUGGGGUUGGUGGGAUCUGAAAUGUACUGAACUGCGCCCCUUUCUGUGCUUUGAUGAAACAAAAACUGGCAACAACAGGUACAUUUACAUAUCUAAUACUGUACAAUGGUCCGAAGCUCAGGCUUACUGCAGACAGUAUCACACAGACCUGGCCAGUGCGAGAGAUGAAACAGAAAACUCAUUUAUACAGGCACUAGUCACCGGAAUUACAUGGUUUGGACUGAUAAAAGACCCCUGGAAGUGGGUAGAUCAUACCAACUUCUCUACUAUCAGCUGGAUGUCUGGACAACCUGAUAAUGGCCAGUGGGAUGAAAACUGUGGUUAUAUAUAUAUGGGUGAGGCCGCUGAUGCAUCGUGCUCAGACAUUUUGCCUUUCUUCUGUUACUCAGGAACCACAAAACAACAAAUCAUGAAGAUGAAGAUCCAGUCCAGUCAGGAUGUGAAUGAUCCUGCAGUAAAUGUGGCCAUCUUGGAGAAGAUCAAGCAGAAACUGAAGGAUAAUGGGAUAGUAGAGGACAUUGAGGUGAAAUGGAGAGCACAACCAGAUGGAGAGGUGUUUCACAAGGAGAAAUAAACUAAUACUGCAAUAGAAAAAGGAGGUCUCUAAGUCUAUAGCUGUGUCUCAAAUACAGUAAUUCUGUAGUGCAUUAGUCAUUUUUGUUGAGUAGUAUGUUUACUCAGUAAAUGUAAUAAGACGUAGUUCACUAUUGGAGGGAUGAUGAAGGUGAAAUAAUUAUUUACUCACUUUAAAAAUGCAUAUAUACUUUAAAAACUUGUAUAUAGACAAUAUUCUUAGUGCUUUCCUUAUUCUAAGCAUUAAUUAACCAUUUUAUUCAUGAUCAGGUAGAAUUCAUGGAUUAUGUGAUGUAAGAAUCAGUGAUUAAUGUGCAGGAUUAAUGUGCAGAAUAUGUGUAGAAAUGUGCAGAAUAUCCCCCCUGCUGAAUCUCUCCUGCUUCCUCCUGUAGGAGCACAUCACUGUGCUUGUUUAAUUCACUGAGCUUUAAAGUUCUUAUAAUGGGCUUCAAUUAUCAAUAUUUUAGUAAAGUCAUGUGUAAAAACAACAAAGAAUGAACAAAAAAUUCCACCAGAUUUACAAAAGUUUUGGAAAGGCUUAUUUUCUUCAUACACACAUACCUAUAAAAAUGCAAAGCACAUUCCCAAAAAAUCAAGCACACAGAAGGCUGGAAACAAAAUGAAAACAUGACAGAAGAGGCAGAAAGGUACAUAUUUUGACUCAUGUCUAUGCCAAUAAAACAUAUUUUGUAGUGUACCAGCACCUGAAAAGAUCAACAUCUUGAGGUAAAUUACAGAAAAGGUGAAAUAGGUGUGAAUUAAGUGAGGUGAAAAGGUGGUGAGGUGAAAUUUAUUUUUCAUAUUUUUUAAUUAAUGCCAAUGAUGGCUUAGUGGUUAAGGCUCUGGGUUACUGAUAGUAAGGUUGGGGGGUCAUGGCUGUCCCUGUGCUCUGACCCCAACUUCCUAACAGUCUGGCAUAUGCAAAGAAUGAAUUUCACUGUACUAUCUGAUCAAUAAAGACUUCUAUUCCAUUCUUUGAAAACAAAUGGGUUUCACAUAAUUUUCUUGAUAGUACUCUUAGGCUACAUUCACACUCCAGGCAACAGUAGCCCAAAUCAGAUUUACUGACCAAAUCCCAUAUUUUUGUUAAGCUAUGUGAAACUAUAUGUGGCCUAUAUCUGACAUUAGUCUGAAUAGAUCACGCUCCUUAACUGACCCGCAUGUGCAAAACAACAGUGUGUCAUGUGAUGCGUUCAAGCUCGCUGUGAAAGGGACACAUUAUUCGGCCAUGCCCACUUCUAUGGUUCACAUCAUUGGUUUCUUUAAAUUGCUUUUCUUUCUUUCAAAGUUAAUUUUAUUGUUUUUUUCCCCAUACAAAUCAAUUUAACACAAUCCCUCAACCAUCACAGACUAUUCCCAGAAUCACGCCCAUGCUGACCAUUAUGAGAUGAAUCGAAGAAUAAUACAAAACGUAUUUGCCCCAUCCUGAUUUCUUGUUUAUGUGUAUAUCUCAUACUAAUCAAACAAAAUACAACAUUAAAGAAAGGCAACCUGAGUAAACACACAAAACAGUUUUUAUUUAUUUAUUUAUAUUGAAGCAAAAAAAGUUAUCAAACACCUAUCACCCAUGUGAAAAAUGUUCUGACAAUUAUUGUCUGAAGAAGUUUGUGAGGGAAAUUAUUCAUUUUUACUUUUUAAAAUAUAUUUGACAGUUGGGGCCUAAUUCUAAAAUCACCAGAUAUAAAAUGUACAACAGUUUUGUCUUGCUGCCAUCACAAAAUAAAAAUGUUUAAACCUCACGUAAUGUAGUCACGGAGGGUGUGUACAUUUUUCAUAUUACAUGAAGGGUAGGGAUCCUUAUAGACUGUCGAAGAGAAAUGUACUCAGUGUGUCUCCAGCGAUUUAUUUCACAUUGGAGUACAACCAUUUCUCUUUUUUGCCAUUAUGGACGAAACGCCCGUUUCUUUUAAAACAUCAUCUUUAAAUGUUUUUUCUACCUCCCAAAGAACCCUUGGACUUAAGAGACGAUAUUCUGAGUUGUUGACGCCCUGCUCAGGGUUAAGCAAGAACGUCUUUACAAUAUCUUCAUGAAGAAACUGUCAAACUAACAUCUGUUUUUUUUUUUCUUGGAGCAAAAGUCAGUGU